CGGGGCUGUUCCCGAGGAGGCUGUGAUGGGUUGACAGGUGCGUGACAGUGGGAGCUGCUCUCGGCACAAGCAUGUACGGCAAAGGCAAGAGUAACAGCAGCGCCGUCCCGUCCGACAGCCAGGCCCGGGAGAAGUUAGCACUCUAUGUAUAUGAAUAUCUGCUCCAUGUAGGAGCUCAGAAAUCGGCCCAAACAUUUUUAUCAGAGAUAAGAUGGGAAAAGAACAUCACAUUGGGGGAACCACCAGGAUUCUUACAUUCUUGGUGGUGUGUAUUUUGGGAUCUCUACUGUGCAGCUCCAGAAAGAAGGGAAACAUGUGAACAUUCAAGUGAAGCAAAAGCCUUCCAUGAUUAUAGUGCUGCAGCAGCUCCCAGUCCAGUGCUAGGAAACAUUCCCCCAGGAGAUGGCAUGCCAGUAGGUCCUGUACCACCAGGGUUCUUUCAGCCUUUUAUGUCACCUCGGUACCCUGGCGGUCCAAGGCCCCCAUUGAGGAUACCUAACCAGGCACUUGGAGGUGUCCCAGGAAGUCAGCCUUUACUUCCCAGUGGAAUGGACCCAACUCGACAACAAGGGCAUCCCAAUAUGGGUGGGCCAAUGCAGAGAAUGACUCCUCCCAGAGGGAUGGUGCCCUUAGGACCACAGUCUGACCCUUGGUUAUCAUUACAGAACUAUGGAGGUGCAAUGAGACCCCCACUGAAUGCUUUAGGUGGCCCUGGAAUGCCUGGAAUGAACAUGGGUCCAGGUGGUGGUAGACCUUGGCCAAACCCAACAAAUGCCAAUUCAAUACCGUACUCCUCAGCAUCUCCUGGGAAUUAUGUAGGUCCUCCGGGAGGUGGAGGGCCACCAGGAACACCCAUCAUGCCUAGUCCAGCAGAUUCAACCAACUCGGGAGACAACAUGUAUACUUUAAUGAAUGCAGUACCUCCUGGACCUAACAGGCCUAAUUUUCCAAUGGGCCCUGGUUCAGAUGGACCCAUGGGUGGAUUAGGAGGAAUGGAAUCACAUCACAUGAAUGGCUCUUUAGGCUCAGGAGAUAUGGACAGUAUUUCCAAGAAUUCUCCCAAUAAUAUGAGCCUGAGUAAUCAACCGGGCACUCCAAGGGAUGAUAGCGAAAUGGGGGGAAAUUUCUUAAACCCUUUUCAGAGUGAGAGUUACUCCCCUAGCAUGACAAUGAGUGUGUGAUCCAUUACCAAGUCUCCUCAUGAAAACCACAGUGAGUCAGCCCUUCACAGAACUACUAGGGAAGAAAAUUAUUCAUCACAGUGUACAGUUAAACAAAGGAAUCUCAGUCACACCAAACCAACAUUUUUAUUUCCUGCUCUCUCCCCUAUUUUGUGAAGAAAGCGGGUCCAAACGUGAUUCAAACAACUGUACGGAGCGGCAUAUUAGAAUUGCCCUAAAAUGAACUGCAAAUAAUUAUCUGUGUAUGUAUAUGUGUGGGAAAGAGAAUGUAUUGUAUAUGUGUAUGUUAUAUGGACAUAUACACAUGCAUACAUUGACCCACAGGACAUUGUAAAAUAUUAUCACAUGACAUCUUAAGUAGAAAUAAGUAGGGACUUUUAUUCCAUCCUUUUUUUCACGUUUACAUUUUAAUUAUUAAAAGUUGCUCCUGCCCCUCCCUCAACUAUUUUGUGCUGUGUAUAUCACUGCUUUAUAUAAGUUAUUUUUUAAGGUGAACUCAGAUGUUAUGGUUUUGUAAAUGUCUGCAAUCAUGGAUAGGAAUAAAAUUGCUUAUUUGAGAGCUUUCAUUAAAUUGCGUCUGAUGCACGUUACCCUGUGAAUCACAAAGUGUACUGUCUCAAAAAAAAAAAAGAAGAAAAAGAAGAGAAACUGUGUCCUCAUCUUAUGUCAAAUCAAACAAUUUCUCAGCUACCUUCAGUGAAAAUAUUUUUGUACCCUUUGUUUUAAAAAAAUACUUCAACAGAAGUCUAACUGGAACCUAACAGUAUAUUCCUUCAAUAACUGCUUUAGGUGGAAUUUUUGAUUUGUCUGUCUUAGAUUAUACAGAAAAUUAUUAAUUAACAUCAAUUACUUAGACCAUAGCAAUAAAGUGACAGGGCUUGUCAUAUUUUUAGCAACAUAUUUUCUCUUUAACAUGAUAAAGGCCAGGAGUAAUAAGAAAACCAUUUGCUUGAAUUUGUCACUUCUCACCAGGAAAACUAAAGGUAAAUUUUUAAAACAUACCAAUAUGAAGUGAUAUCUGAUUUUUAUUCUUCUUGUGAACAUUUUCACAUAGACAUUGCAAAGAAGAUGCAUUCAAAUACUGAGACUUUCAUCACAAGGAGGAAGAGUUUUUACCACAGCCAAGGGGCUCUGGAGCGUUGCCUUUCUAGCCAGGUGUCCUGCUCACUAGCAGCAGAAGUGGCUGGUGACGGUCCCGUCUGCGCAUACCUUUCUCCUGGCAGCAGAGCACCUGCUCUCUUCCCACGGUGUAGAACUUUUAUUCAGAGGGAAAUCGUUUAGCGUAACUGCAUUUCAUUUGGCCAUUGACUUCAGCAGGCUUAAUCUACAUGUGUAACUGUUCAGAAAUAAAAUGACUAAAUGUUAGAAAAAACAAUUUUUUAAACCACUUUUCUUAUGAAAGCCCCUUGCUCUGUGGCACCUUCCAGAUAUUUUGGAGGUUUUGUGUGUAAUUGUACAUACAAACUGCAAAAUCAUAAUACGAAAGUGUGACAACUUUAAUUGUAGACUCUAAAAGAUAAGUUGGUGAUCAUUUCUUGUUAAAAUUGUGAUGCAUAUGGCCAUUGAUAAACAUCAACUAUAUUUCCAAACUGCAAAGACUUUUUGAAAAGCUUUGUUUAAUAUCAGGUAAGAGGACUCCUUUCCUUAGGCUUAUGGUCUCUAACAUGAAAAUUUGGCGGUAUAUUUGCUAGUUUCUGAUCCCAGGUGACUUAUUUCUCUCAAAUUUGUAAUGAUUUAUUCCUUAUGAAAAUAAAGAUUUUGCCUGUGCGUGACAGGGAUGCUGGGCAGAACUGUAGAAGUGAAGAAGUUAGGCUGAAUUAAAUUUAUGUUCCAGAUUCAAAUUCUAAUCCAAUGAGUCACCAUUAAUCAGAUAGUGUGUUGGAAUCUAGGACUGCGCACUGGAGAACAGCUUCAAGCUUUCAAGAACUUUCCUGGAGAAUUCGAACUAAAAGAUCUUUAACUCAAGCUAAGGUAACCUGAAGAUGACACUUUGUACUGACACAUAAAUCGACUGAGAACAAGUUUACCUUUCACUGUCUGUGAUAACUGUGUGAACAUUGACAGUCCUGUGGUGAAGCUUAAUCUAGAAUUUUCAAAUGUUUGGUUGAGUCUUUAUUGUUACUGAUCUUGAAUUUCUUUUAUUUGCCUUCUACGAAGGUAUUGUUUCUUAUUAUCACAAAGACUCGUGAACCUUAUUUUACUUGGCCUUUAUGUUAGGGGUAAUAUUGGAAUACGAAUAGCAAUAUGGGUCCCAUUAUUUCUAGCCUAUUUGGUCAAAAAAAGUAAAAUUUGAUUUUUUUCAAGAAAUAGCAAUCAACUCAUCAUAAGUAUUUAUUCAUUUUUCUCUCUUGGAACCC